GACCAUAGUGAAGUCACCUCCUCCUCUAUAUAAACAAAAGAUACACAUUAGUUUAUUCCAUCUAGCCACACACUACAGUUCCUCAUUGACCGAAUACAGAACAUUUUUCAGCCCAUUUACUGUAGAUUUGAUUCUCCGUAUAACGUUAAACUAGGAAACAUGGCUUCGACGUUGUCUAGAUCUGCUGUGUUUAGUGGUGUUGAAAGCUAAGCUUCUUUCUCCUGGUGAAAAACGUUCAACAUCACUUAACAUUUUAUUUUUUGAACGUGUCCUCCGUUCGAUGUGACUUCGCUGCUAAUGUAUUUACGCGUCAAGUAGUCUUCAAUUUUAUCAUUAUGAGCUUUUGUGGCACAUCAGUGUGGAUUGCUAACUGAACCAUUAACUUAGCUUAGCCACCCGGUUACAGUAUUUAUCUGUCAGUAGAGCCACUCAGGAACUCUGAAGUCCCGUCAACAUAUCCACCAAAAGCCUAGUGUCUUUUUCUUCAGACCCAUAUAAUCAUGACUGCCAUGCGAGUGGAUGCUAAGGUGGUCAUGCUUGGCAAGGAGAGUGUGGGCAAAACCAGUCUGGUGGAAAGAUACGUACAUCGCCGCUUUCUUGUGGGACCAUAUCAAAAUACUAUAGGGGCUGCGUUUGUUGCGAAAGCCCUCAAUGUCAGUGACAAGGUGGUUACUCUGGGAAUAUGGGACACUGCUGGGUCUGAACGCUAUGAAGCUAUGAGCAGAAUCUAUUACAGAGGAGCCCGUGCUGCCAUUGUCUGCUACGACUUGACUGACAGCAGCAGUUUUGGAAGGGCCAGGUUCUGGGUGAAGGAGUUACAGAACUGUGAAGAGCACUGCAAGAUAUAUUUGUGUGGCACCAAGAGUGACCUCAUUGAGGCCGAUCGGAGUGUGCGGCAAGUAGACUACCAUGAUGUUCAAGACUUUGCAGAUGAAAUAGGUGCACAACAUUUCGAGACCUCCAGCAAAACAGGAAAAAAUGUUGAUGAGGUGUUUCAGAAAGUGGCUGAAGAUUUCAGUAGCUGUGCUUUAGAGUUCAUGCAAGAAAAGAAGGUGGUGGAUCUUGGGCAAAAGAAGGACUCUUAUUUUGACAACUGCUGCCAUAACUGAGCUAUCACUGGAAAAACUGCUGUAUCAUAUGGUCUAUUUUGGGAUGACUGGAGGCUCAACAUCUUUUAUACUCCUCGAAGCAUCCGCUGGAGUUUCUUUUUCUUUUUCUUUUUUUCUGGUGUGCAGUAGAACAUCAAGGAUUCCACUUUUUCCAGUGUUCAAGCAAUGAACUCUUUCUUUAUCUGGAACAUGUUUUUUCGUUUUGUUUUUUUGGACCUGGGAAUGUUAACUGAAGCAAAUAAUAACAGUGCAUGGCAAUCCGUUUUACCAAAAAGACAAGACACAAAGCAAGCUUUAGGGACAGAUGUCAUUGCAUGGAGGUGAUCGUUGCCAAUUUUCACAAACAAUGCCUUGAGUGAUUUAUCAGCUUUUA